CCCGCCACUUCCGCUUCCUGCUCCCAUCGGCGAUGUACAGCUCCCUGACGGGUCGGGAUUGGCCAGGGCGGCCGCCUUUCACGGCCGCCUGCAGCGCGUGCGCAGUGAGCCAGGCCGCGGGCAAUGCUGCUGAGGGGGCCACUGUCCAGCUGGGACUGGUGCCAAAAGCUUCCUGGAGGCGGCAGCCUUCUUCGCAGGAUCCAAGUCCGUGAAGCCCACAGAGAGUUUGGGAAGAACCAUGUGGAAGUGGGGUCCCAAGCAGGUGCAGCGGGCACCGGGCAGCCCAAGUCCUCCCUGCAGGGUGGGGGCCCCUCAGGACCCCUAUACCCACCACCACCUGAGCUCCGGCCACCCACCAACUGCUGCAUGAGCGGCUGCCCCAACUGUGUGUGGGUGGAGUACGCAGAUGCGCUGCUGCUGCACUAUCAGGACGGCGGGGAGCGGGCCCUGGCCGCCCUGGAGGAGCACGUGGCUGAUGAGAACCUCAAGGCCUUCCUCCGGAUGGAGAUCCAGCUCCGCAUUAGGAGUGGAGGCUGAGCCACCUGGCCAGACACCCUCACCCUGACACACUCCUCCUCAGGAUCCUGCACCGCCCCCUUUAUCCACGGCCCGUUCGUGCGGCUGGUGUCGGCAGGAGUAGGAAGAGCUGUUUAUUGACUUUGCCUGAGAAUAAAUAUGUUCUCUGUGGUGGUUAGA